AUGACAUUAUCAUUAUUAAAUGAAAUUAAAAUUGAAAUUCGUUCUUUACUUAUUUCAUCAAAAAAUGGUCUUACAGAAGAUGAAUUAUGUCAUGAUUAUUCAUUAUUUAAUUCUCAACGUUUAUUACCUUAUGAUAUAUUCGGUUAUUCAACAAUAACAGAUUUUCUUAAUUCAUUAACUGAUAUUUUAUAUCGUUCAUCAGAUGGAUAUAUUUAUCCUAUUGUUGAUCAGACAACUGAACAUAUAUUUAAAUUUGUUCAACAACAACGUACAAAGAAAAAAACGAUUAAUACUAAACAAACAUCAUUUGUAUAUUAUCAACAGGAAUAUAAUUAUGUUCGACAAGAAAAAGUUAGUAAAAUGACAAAAAUUCAAAAUUUUAUAACUGAAUCAAAUCGUCAUCGUCGACAACAUAAUCCAUAUCAAUAUGCUGAACAAUAUGGAAAUCGAUAUGGACUUUAUGGACCAGGUGGACAAGGUUGGGUAAAUAAUUAUCAUAAUCGUUAUCCAAAUCAAAAUUAUGCUUGGAAUACUAAUUCUAAUUGGAAUCAAGGUCAUCGACGUCCUGAAUGGUAUUAUAAUUCAGCAAAAAUAAUUCAACCAUCACUUAUUUCUUUGAUUUUUUUAACUUUUUCGUUGGUUUUUUCUUUUUAA